GUACUGUACUCCACAACACUGCAAAACACCAAGAUUAACCUUUCCCCGGGGGCAAAGAAACUUCAAAGGAAGCAGAAAACGAAGGUUUCGAGUUUUCGUCGGUUGUCGAAUCCGAUCCCACCUUUUCAUCUUCCUCCCCUUCAUCGCUUGCCCGCCUAACCCACCCACCAGACGUCCCAUUUACGCCAAUUACCGGCCAACCCAAUUUAAUCCCUUCUUUUCCUCCUUCCUCAAAACACCAUCGCACACAUCGAAUAAAAUAAAUAAGAAAUCUCCACUCAAUUCUUUUUUCCUCCCUAUUUACAAAUGACAUCCACAUCAUUCCUUCGCUUGGCUGCGAGACAGCCCCUCCUGAGGACAUCGGCUACUCUACCUAGGCUUGUUGCGGUGGUGCCGAGGGUUCGGGCCAAGACUUCUCUGAGGUUUUACAGCGAGGGCCAUGAGGAGAGUUUUGAGGAGUUUACUGCUAGGUACGAAAAGGAAUUCGAGAACGUCAAUGAUGUCUUCGAGCUUCAGCGCAACCUAAACAAUGCCUUCGCCUAUGAUCUUGUCCCAUCCCCUUCCGUCAUCGUCGCUGCGCUCAAGGCCGCCAGAAGGGUCAAUGAUUUCCCCACCGCCGUGAGGAUCUUCGAGGGCAUCAAAGCCAAAGUUGAAAACAAGCAACAAUACCAACAAUACCUCGACGAGCUCAAGGAUCUCCGGGAGGAACUCGGCGUCGCACUCGUUGAAGACCUUUACCCGGAGAGUAAAUAAACAUAUAGGGCUUCCUCGAUUGGAGGUUCUCCGCAGUGAGAUAAUAUCGCAUUUUUUACUUUUUUCGAUAAACAGAGAUACU